GUGCUCUCUAAUUCAGUCUACAAAAAUGCCCUCUCAUGAUACAACUUUAGCAUGAAUAUGGAGAAGAAAUUGUAUAAAAUUGAGGAAGGAUUCCAGAGAUGCAUCAACGAAUUUGUUGUUAAAUCUAGUAAGCAUAUUCCUUUGUUGGUGUAAUUUAUAUAAACCCUAGCUGACCAGGAAGAACUCCCAUCUCCAGCAAAGGAUACAAGCAGAACAGUGAGCUUCCACCUCAGGUAAAGUCUUUGCGAUCAGGCUUUAGAGAUAAUGAAGGGGUUCAAGGAUUAGAGAAAUCAUUAAUUUUGCCAAAAGUCUCUCAUGGAGUUCUCCCCAAGAGACAUUUUCAACAGAAGAGAUUUAAUGGAGACCAAAGUCUUCCUGAAACUGUAUAAAAAGUGAAGAGAAAAAGAAAAAUCUUCAACUUGCUAGAAUGUUUCAAAGUGGCACAAAAAGAGAAUGAGGUUGCUCAAAAAUGUAAAUAUAAUGCAAAACAAGAAACAAACGCAAAGUAUUGAUGUAAACACUACAAGGAGAUCGAUGGUCAGCAACUUAGCUUUGAAUCAGCAUUUUCUCAAUGUAAAUGAGAAAGAGAGCGAUGAGGUGUCUAUUUCUAGCCCUAGGAAAAUGUUCAAGCUCGACACAUCAAAAUUACUUCAAAAGCGAUUAUCGAAUAGGCGAGUAAAGUCGGUAGUAAAAGCAAAAGAUUGGCUUGAAAAGGCAAAAAUGUAUAAUAUCUUUUCAAAAGUUUCGGCUGCUGUGAAGAAAAAUGAGCCUUUGGAACUCGACACUAUUGGAAUUAACAAUACCCCAUAUGUAGAAAUAUUAAAACAAAAGGAACAUUCUACCAAGUUUGGGAGAGCAUCACCAAGAUCUACAGUAAAGAACCAUGCUUGCCUUUACAGCAUCUCCCUAGAGCAUGAACAAAAUCUUUCAAGAGCACUAGUCUCACAAAAUAAAGAAAAAGCUAUAUACAAAGAAAUUAGAAACAGUCUUAUAGACUUAGAUACCAACAACAAUAAACACGAUGAAAGAAGAUCAAAGAGUAAAGAACACCUGCUAAAAUCACUCAAAAGACUGAUUAAAAACGAUAGAACCCACAACAGAAGAUACCUCAACUACUAAGCCCCAUCUGUACCUCCCCAUUUAUUUUAACCACUUCCUCC